GGGCGAGGGGCGUUCACAUCAUUUCCGAGGCGGGAGGGUGAAGUUGAUUGACCAUGGUCUCUGCGGCCACCAGGAAAGAGAGGAACACAUGAUUUAUUGCUUUGCAACAUUUGGAACUUCUUUGGGAUCAUAUAUUUUAUUCCAAUACCUUGGCUAAUGAAAAAGAGUCUGCUGAAGGUGAGGGUCAUGGAUUUUAUCACCUCUACAGCCAUCCUGCCCCUGCUGUUUGGCUGUGUGGGAAUCUUCAGUCUCUUCAAGCUGCUGCAGCACAUGCGCAUGAAGGCCUACCUCCGGAAUGCCGUGGUGAUCAUUACAGGUGCUACUUCAGGACUGGGGCGAGAAUGUGCCAGAGUCUUCUUUGCUGCAGGUGCCAAGCUGGUGCUGUGUGGCCGGAAUAGGGAGGCCUUAGAAGAGCUUGCCAGAGAACUUGCUGCUUCUCAAGUCACUGAGGUGCAGACACACAAGCCUUACAUUGUGACCUUCGACCUCGCAGACCCUGGGGCCAUAGUUGCAGCAACAGCCAAGAUCUUGCAGUGCUUUGGCUAUGUGGAUGUGCUCAUCAACAAUGCCGGGAUCAGCUACCGUGGUGCUAUCAUAGACACCACCACAGAUGUGGACAAGAGAGUCAUGGAGACAAACUACUUUGGCCCAGUUGCUCUAACAAAAGCAAUUCUGCCCUCCAUGAUCAAAAGGCGACAUGGUCACAUCGUUGCAAUCAGCAGCAUCCAGGGCAAAAUCAGCAUUCCUUUUCGAUCAGCAUACGCGGCCUCCAAACAUGCAACCCAGGCAUUCUUUGACUGUCUGCGUGCUGAGAUGGAACAGUAUGAAAUUGAGGUGACCGUAAUCAGCCCUGGCUACAUCCAGACCAACCUCUCUCUAAAUGCCAUCACUGCUGAUGGUUCCAAAUAUGGAGUUAUGGACAAGACGACAGCACAGGGCCGAAGGCCUAUGGAUGUGGCCCGAGAUGUUCUGGCUAUUGUGGGGAAGAAAAAGAAAGAUGUGAUCCUGGCUGACCUGUUGCCUUCCUUGGCCAUUUAUUUGCGAACUCUGGCUCCUGGGCUCUUCUUCAGCCUCAUGGCCUCUCGAGCCAGAAAGGAGCAGAAAUCCAAGAACUCCUAGUGCUGCAACAGAACUGGGGCAGGAAGUAGCACCUGCUUGGGAAUGGCUGUUCUACAAGGGAGAGCUGCAUUUGUUGAGACUUUACUGGAUAUUUAUCUCACAGGUAGGAAAGAUAGAAAUACACUUCUACAGUUACACUUCUUUUCCCUGGCAAAGACCCUGCUGGCAGAUAAUUGGAAACAAAAUAGGCAACAGGCUUUUCUUCUCAGGGGUGAGGGGUAACACUUAAGGAAUAAAUAUGGAGUGGGGUUUUAAUGCUAAGAAUAUGAAAUAAAUGAAUUGAACAGUAAGAGUCGUAGUCCUCAAGGACUAGAAGAAUCACGUCUCCUUUGAAUUCCAGACUCUGCCAGCUCCCAGAAAUGUUUCAGUCUUUAACAUCAGAAGACAUCCUGAUAUCACCUUGACCCUGUUGUUUUCAUAUUUAACUUAUCCAAGACCAUUUACCUAAUUGUUUUUGGCAGAGUCCACUUCCAAUACUCAAGGGAGAAGGCUGUAGUUUUAAGAAGUCAUUCAUAUUCCUCCAUUUCCAGGUUCCUACAGUAUCUCAUUCAACACAGCAAAUGGGCUAAUAUGUGAUUGAUCAUUUGACAUAUCCCAAGUGACACCAGAUUUAGUACCUAAAAGGUAUUGCCCAGUUUCCACUGACUCCUACUCAAAGCCCUGUAGGGUCAGGCACCACUCCAACCAGAAGAUGAAUUUACUAAGGAGCCAGCAGCCCAAAGGAAGAGGAAGAUCCCACAUGACUUCAUUAUCCUCUAGAAAAUAAUAUUCAGAAACUCAGGUGGGAAGGGGUUCUAAAGAAGCAUGUGGUCUCUGGUGGAAGCAGCCCGUUUAUUAGCUAUGACAGUUAGAGCAUAGCCAAAAAGGAUGCCUGCAUCCACCUUUCUGAGGUUCAUUGAGUAAGUCAACUUCAUACCUGAAGUUUAGGAUGAAACUUCUCCCAUUAUUGAAGCUGACAAUGGAAAUUGUGGGUCCAUUGUAUAGGCUUCCCCAAGUUGGAAUAAAAAUCUCCUAGCAUAUUA